AUGCUACCAACUGGAGCUAAAGAGACACAAUUACGCGAGACCAACAGUCAGAAAGUCCACCCUCAACCCAUGGAAGAAGCCAUGAACCAGAAUCCAGAAGCCGUGGAAACCCUAGUAUCUAAAAUUUUCACUAAUAUCUCUACACUGAAAUCAGCUUAUAUUCAGUUGCAAGCUGCUCAUACUCCCUAUGACCCUGAUAAAAUCCACACUGCUGAUAAACUUGUUAUUAGUGAGCUGAAAAAUCUAUCUGAACUCAAGCAUUUCUACAGGGAAAACAACCCAAAGCCAGUGUGUGUUUCUCCCCAAGACUCACGUUUAGCUGCAGAAAUUCAAGAGCAACAGAACCUCCUGAAAACAUACGAGGUCAUGGUUAAGAAAUUUCAGUCGGAAAUUCAGAAUAAAGAUUCAGAGAUCCAUCAACUUGAAAAGCAGAUUGAGGAGGCUAGUCAGAAGCGAGCAAAACUAGAAAAGAAUCUAAAACUUAGAGCUGCUAAAGCAAUUCAUGAUUUUUCUAAACCUUUGAUCAACAUGAUGAAAGCAGCUGGGUGGGACCUUGACGCUGCUGCCAACUCAAUCGAACCGAAUGUUGUUUAUGCAAAGAGAGCUCAUAAGAAAUAUGCGUUCGAGUCUUACAUAUGCCAAAGAAUGUUUGGUGGUUUCGAGCAAGAAAGCUUCUCUGUCAACUCAGACAGUAUUACAGUCAAUAAAGAGAGCUUCUUCCACCAAUUUCUUGCGUUAAGGGAGAUCGAUCCUUUGGACAUGCUAGGGCAAAAUCCAGAUUCCAUAUUUGGGAAAUUUUGCAGCAGCAAAUACCUAGCGGUAGUUCAUCCUAAGAUGGAAGCAUCAUUCUUCGGAAACCUAGAUCAGCGAAAUUAUGUGAUGGGUGGAGGGCAUCCAAGAACUCCUUUUUACCAAGCUUUUCUAAAACUAGCGAAGUCAAUUUGGCUUUUGCACAAAUUGGCUUAUUCUUUUGAGCCAAAUGUCAAAGUAUUUCAGGUUAAAGGAGGGAGCGAGUUCUCCGAUGUUUACAUGGAAAGUGUUGUCAAUAAUCUAAUAAUGAAUGAAAAUGACGAAAAGCCGAAAGUUGGUUUGAUGGUUAUGCCAGGCUUCUGGAUUGGAGGAAGUGUGAUUCAGAGUAAAGUUUAUCUCACUGGUAUGAAGGUAGCUGAAUGA